CCUACACAUCACCUACACAUCACCUACACAUCACCUACACACCACCUACACAUCACCUACACAUCACCUACACAUUACCUACACAUCACAUCACCUACACAUCACAUCACCUACACAUCAGCAACACAUCACCUACACAUCACCUACACAUCACCUACACAUCACCUACACAUCACCUACACAUCACCUACACAUCACAGACACAAGCGUCGAGUUGUUUUUGCUCUCCCCGCACGCAAGUCCGGGUGAGAUUGGAACCUGUGCCAUCAAGUAACCAAAACAUUCCUGAGGUCAACACUAAACGCGCUGAUCAACCAAUUAGAGAGGACAAGGGGCGUAGUCGCUAAUUCGUCAGGUGUGGCUCCAGUUAUUUCUCGCACUCACUGUACGCUUGACAACACUCACAGUUUCAUCAGAGAAAACUGGAAUCGAAUAAACAUCAGUGCGCAUGUUUGGUGAAUCAUUCAAACACGCGUCGGUGACAUGCGUCAGGACACGCGUCAGCGAAAUGCGUCAGUGACACACGUCAGUGACACACGUCGGUGAUGUCAGCCUACGGCGCUGUAGACAACAGAAACGGCGGUGACACCGUCAAACUGUCUAGAAAUUUCUUUAAGACAACUAAUGUAACCAGCUUGCCGUGUGACGUUAGCCGGCAGCCGGUCUCCGUCAACACGUUCGGCUCCAUCUUGCCGGAUGUCAACAGCGAGGUUGACCUGAACACAACGUCCGAGGCUGAGGACCGGCAGCCUUACGAGCCGAACCUUCUAGAACGGGCCCUGGAGAGAAGCAUCUGCUACAACCCCCGCCGCCGGGUCAAGGCCACGCCCCUGACGGUGGUGUUGCUGUGCCUGAUGACGGUGACGUCACACGCCGCCGUUCUCAUCAUCUGCCCCAUCUACACCUCGUCCAUGUGCAGGGCGGGCGGGGACGCGAUGGUGGUGCUCCUGUCCCUGGCCAGCGUGCUGCCCCUCCCCCUGAUAUUGCUAACCUUGACCCUCAAGCACGUGUACGACUCGACAAUCACGCUCAGGCCCGUGGUGCCCCUGCCCAUCUACGCAGCACUGGGCAUAUGCCUGGCAUUGCGUCUUAAUCUUGGGAUUUAUUCUAGCCACCCCCACCACGCCCCCGCAGCUCUACAGCCGGGGCUCUCAGGGGCGAGCAUCCCGUUCUCGUUCAUCACGACACUCGUCAUCACGAGAAAAGGUUUGAGCCGGCGCCGCGGGGCCUGCUGUCUGGUGGCCCUGGUGGCCCUGUUCAUCGGCCUGGAGCCACGGAUCUGGUCCCUGGAGGGUAGCGGUCACGGUGACCUCUUCUACUCCCAGCACCUGGAGGAUCGGAUUCUCUGGCCCGUGCUCUUCUCACUCAGCUUUCUCUUCCUCUCUCUCUACCACACGCUGGGGGAGGGGCAGAUCAGGGGGCGCAAGAUCCACGUUGUGUCGCUGUCUACUUCCGGUCUCUUGUCUGCCUGUGUGUUUACCGUCCUAGCUUUUGGCGCCAAUUUCCUGCCGUGGUAUGGAGAUGUUAGCGAUUGGUCAGAAUUCUGGAAGCGGAUAAAGAACGGAUACACGUGUAACUUCAGCUACGCCCCUGAGUGUCACCAGGCCCUAGUACAGCUGGUAGUGCUGAGUGUGGCCGUGUUUGGUUACAACCUCUUCUCUCUGCUGCUGGUCGCCGCCACUGAAGGCAGCCUGUUCGUCGCACUGGUCAGCUCACUGGCCGCACCUAUGACGUCAGCCUUCUGGUCCCUCUUCUAUUUUGAUUAUUCCAGUGACGUCAUCAAAUGGUCACCCAAAUGGACACACUCGGCCAUCUUCACGAUCGUGAGCACUGCUCUCCUGCUGCCGUCUGCCAUCGCCUACGUCAUCUUCUACCACCGUGACGUGCAGGAGGAGAAAGAGAAGGAGAAAUCUGACGUCUCGAGCUCAGAGUACGACUGGGAGUAGACAGGUGACAUGAGGCUGUCAUCUGACGUGACAUGAGGCUGUCAUCUGACUUUACAUGAGACUGUCAUCUCA